UUCUCUUUCAGUUUGUCUGACAGUCGCCAGACUAUGUUCAUGCUUCUGGUUGUCCUCGGCCACCUGCCCAGAGUCGCCUUCGCGUUUCCUCAUUGCUCCAGGAGUCCCGAGGCGCCUGGGCAUGCGGGAGAAGUCUUUACGUCCAAAGAAGAAGCAAGCGUCUUCAUCCACAGACACCUCCUGUACAAUAGAUUCGACUUGGAGCUCUUCACUCCCGGGGAUCUGGAGAGAGAGUGCUAUGAAGAACUGUGCAGUUAUGAGGAGGCCAGAGAGGUUUUCGUGGACGAAGACAAAACGAGGACGUUUUGGCAGGAAUAUUCGAUUAAAGGACCAACUACAAAAUCAGAUGGGAACAGAGAGAGAGUCGACGUCAUGGGCCUCCUGACUGGAUCCAUCGUAGUGGGGGUUGUUCUGGUGAUUUCCGCGCUGCUUGGCUAUUACCUUUGUGCCACCAAAUGUAGCAGGCAGCAACGACCAGGUUCUUCAGCCAUCUACGUGAGAUGGGGCAGGCACACCCCCUCCAUCACUUCCCAGAGACCAGAAGAGGCUGUCUUGUCUCCAAUGCCACCUUCUGUGGAGGACGCAGAAUUACCCUCCUACGAGCAGGCCAUGGCGCUGACCAGGAAACACAGUGCUUCUCCGCCACCCCCGUAUCCUGGACCAGCGAAAGGCUUUAGGGUAUUUAAAAAGUCUAUGUCGCUCCCACCUCAUUAAACUCACCUCACCAUCUUAGUGUAAGAAAUUCGUGUUUGUUCUCCCUGAAUCAGAAAAUAUGUGGUGUAUUCAGCUCCUUGUGAGGAACUUCAAGGAAUGAAGGAGGAAUGAGCAUAUGUCUGCCCCACAGACAUGCUGCUUGCAUCUCGGACCUGAACUUGAUCACUGCCAGCUUGAUAAGAAACGUUGGCUCCGUAUCCUUGCGGUUAAGAAGAAAGCACUUUUUUAUAAUUAGUAUUUCAGUGGAUCAACAAAUCCGUCAUAGAUAACACAGAACUACUGAACUGCUGGCAUCAGUUGUGCAGAUAACAUUGCCGAGUUCUGGUGUGGGAUAUGUAAAACUGAGAAUUUCUAAUUAGAUUACUCAAAGUCACGGUGCGGGCCGUACACUGUAUUGGGUUUCCUUUCCAGCUGGAAAUACUACAGAUGAUACAUUUCAGUAUAAAUCUGUGGUCUUCAUAGGUUUUCUGUUUAAAAUUAUUGUGCGGCAUUUAUGUUUUACAGCUUCACUUUUUGUUAGUCAUACUUCAUUAUCGAAAAUGAGGCCAAUAGUUUUCUGUGUCUGCUCUGGGGUUACCUCUUCAGAGGGUGGAGGGUUCCAAUGACUAGGAUUUGCAAAGGUUGUUAUGCUAUAAAAUAGAAGUUGUCUACAUUGGGGCCAUCUUGUAGCAUGGUGUAUAAGGUGCUUAAACCACAUGGCCAAGUCUGUGGUUCAAGUCCCGGACACAGCAGCUUGAAAAAUACUCUGAGUGCAUGUGCAUG